AUGAGUAGCAGUGGCCGCCACACGGCUAGCGACGUGGUCGGCGUAGUAACACGAUCAGCAGCGAAGACAGCAGAGGUGACGAUGAGGAGUCUAUCUGCAGAAAAGCCUGCAAAUAACACUUCACUUACAGAAGCAGAACUAUCAAAAGAAAGAGUAUUACCAAGCUUUUUGGACAAAUUUGAUCGAGGCGCAGCAGAAAGAUUCAGAAAUUCAGAAAAAGAUCAGCGAAGUUCAGGAAAAUCCGAAUAA